UGCAACAUACAGAUAGAUUAGAGAGAGAGAGAAAAAGAGAGCACUGAGGAUCGCAGGGAGAAAAUGGAGGAAGCAAAGGGACCAGUGAAGCACGUUCUGCUUGCUAAGUUCAAAGACGACGUAACCCAAGAAAAGAUCGACGAACUUAUCAAAGGUUACGCGAAUCUCGUCAAUCUCAUUGAACCUAUGAAAGCUUUCCAAUGGGGAAAAGAUGUGAGCAUAGAGAAUCUGCAUCAAGGUUUCACACAUAUCUUUGAAUCCACAUUUGAGAGCAAAGAAGCUGUAGCUGAGUACGUUGCUCAUCCUAUUCACGUUGAGUUCGCCAACAUGUUCCUAGGCAGCUUGGAUAAAGUGUUGGUUAUAGACUACAAGCCUACCUCUGUUUAGAUUCAUCAUCUUGUGAUCUAUUUUUUUUUUUAAAUAAAGUAUGUUCCUUUUGAGGAAUCAUGGCCUUUUGUUUGCUUGUGUUGUUAUAAUGUUUCUGCCGAUCUCUUUCUUUUUUGUUGUAUCAGACAAUGUGUGUUUUCUUUUAUGGUUUGAGUACUUGUGGUUUCUUAAUUUCUUA